UAUGAGGAGGCCGGGGGAGCGUUGGGGCAGGUUUGCACUCAGGUCCACCUGAGGUGCUUGUCGCUGGUGCUCACCUCUGUCCCCUGCCCUCUCCUCUCUGAGACACGACUGUCGUCUGGGGUAGGGGACCGUGAGCGGAGGGGUGGGCUGGUCCGGAGGACAUUUCCUUUGGCCUCGCCACAGGCAAGGUGUGGAGAAGCAGGGCUUGCGGUGGGGACGGGUCUCCUGGGCUUCUGAGAAGGAAGACCCCCGCCCCCUCGGCCCCCACCGCACUUCUGCCCUGGCUGACUGGACACUAAGAUGGCUGCCGUUGCCAUGACACCAAACCCUGUGCAGACCCUUCAGGAGGAGGCGGUGUGCGCCAUCUGCCUCGAUUACUUCACGGACCCCGUGUCCAUCGGCUGCGGGCACAACUUCUGCCGAGUGUGUGUAACCCAGUUGUGGGGCGGGGAGGAUGAGGAGGACCGGGAGGAGUUGGAUCGGGAGGAGGAGGAGGAGGUCGGAGAGGAGGAGGAAGUGGAGGCUGUCGGAGCAGGCGGGGGUUGGGACACCCCCAUGCGGGAUGAAGAUUAUGAGGGUGACAUGGAGGAGGAAGCCGAGGAGGAGGAGGAGGGUGUGUUCUGGAGUAGUAGUGCUAUAGGCGGGUCCAGCUGGGACAACAUGGACUACGUGUGGGAGGAGGAGGAGGAGGAGGAGGAGGACCUGGACUAUUACUUGGGAGAUGUGGAGGACCUGAGGGGGGAAGAUGAGGACGAGGAGGAGGAGGAAGUGCUGGAGGAAGACGAGGAAGAGGAGCUAGAUCCGAUCACCCAGCUGCCACCACCUCCAGCCCCACGGAGGUGCUUCACUUGUCCCCAGUGUCGAAAAAGUUUUCCUCGGCGGAGCUUCCGCCCCAACCUGCAGUUGGCCAACAUGGUCCAGGUGAUUCGUCAGAUGCAUCCAACCCCUGGUCGAGGGAGUCGUGUGAAUGAACAAGGCAUCUGCCCCAGGCACCAAGAAGCCCUGAAGUUGUUCUGUGAGGUGGACGAAGAAGCCAUCUGUGUGGUGUGCCGAGAAUCCAGGAGCCACAAACAGCAUAGUGUGGUGCCAUUGGAGGAGGUGGUGCAGGAGUACAAGGCCAAGCUACAAAGUCACGUGGAACCACUUAGGAAGCACCUAGAGGCUGUGCAGAAGAUGAAGGCCAAGGAGGAGAGGCGGAUGACAGAACUGAAGAGCCAGAUGAAGUCAGAGCUGGCAGCUGUGGCCUCAGAGUUUGGGCGCCUAACACGGUUCCUGGCUGAAGAGCAGGCAGGACUAGAGCGGCGCCUCAGAGAGAUGCAUGAAGCUCAGUUGGGACGUGCAGGAGCAGCAGCCAACCGUCUUGAGGAGCAGGCUGCCCAGCUAAGCCGCCUGCUAGCUGAGGCCCAGGAACGGAGCCAGCAGGGGGGCCUGCGGCUGCUGCAGGACAUCAAGGAGACUUUCAAUAGGUGUGAAGAGAUACAGUUGCAGCCCCCAGAGAUUUGGUCCCCUGACCCAGGCCAACCCCAUAGCCACGACUUCCUGACAGACGCCAUCGUGAGGAAAAUGAGCCGGAUGUUCUGUCAGGCCGCAAGAGUGGACCUGACGCUGGACCCUGACACAGCCCACCCAGCCCUUAUGUUGUCCCCUGAUCGCCGAGGGGUCCGCCUGGCAGAACGUCGGCAGGAGGUUCCUGAACAUUCCAAGCGCUUCUCAGCUGACUGCUGUGUACUAGGGGCCCAGGGCUUCCGCUCUGGCCGACACUACUGGGAGGAGCCUAAACAACUUCCUAGACUCCCUCCAGCUCAGUCGUCUCUCACCUACUUUGUCUAUCUGACAGGUCUGCAUGGGUCCCUGAUAAUGAGAACAGCUGCUUGAUCUCCCCCCCCCCCCCAUCUGCCCAGCUCAGUCCAGCUCUGGGUCCCAGUUUGAGUAGGGGGAUGAGUGGAGAUUAUAAUUUCAUUCCUUCCCUUUUUCACAUCUUACUCUUCAACCCUUGUCAUUUCUGAGGCUGGAGGGUUUGGGCAAGACCUGCCCAUUCCAAUUCUAUGUUUUGGUGCAAGCCCCAGCUAAAGGAUUUGGAAACUUUUGUAGGAAGGCAGGCUGGGCAAAAGGGUAGAGCUGUGUAAAGUCUACUUUUCUUGGGGAAGUAGGAACUCUUAAGCUUUCCUUCCACCCCCAAUUUCUACCUCCAUAGACUGGCCAGAAUUUAGCUUCAGUGAGAUCUGGAAUGGCCAACUUGACACCGCACACUAUUACAUGACCCAAUAAAUUAUUUUCUCUCCGUCUUACAGCUUUCUUAAUUCAGGAGCUAAGCUCCUCACACCUUACCCCUCCAAGUCUUCACUGCCAGGCUUUCCCCUCAUUUUCAGUUUCUGGCCUCUCUCCAUACUUUUUAGUUCCAGUUGGUAAGCCCUGUUGGGGUGCUUGGGACAGGGGUCUGGAGCCAUGGGUAUAAUCUAUUUUUCUAGUAGCCCUUGCCUUCUGUCACUUAACAGCUUUUGUCCUCUGCUUUGGUGGCUGAGGUCAAUCCAUGUUCUUGGGGGGAAAAGGUGGGUUGUGUUGCAGAAAUAAAGUGUUUAUUUGCUGCU